AUGAAAAAGAAUCUGUCUGCAUGCCCUCCAAGACUUCAAAGAAUGAGGUUGCAGCUGUCAAAAUAUGACAUUGACGUACAACAUGUUAGUGGUAAACAAGUACCAAUCAGUGACUUGCUCUCAAGACAACCUCUUAAAGAAAAAUUAAAUAUAGAAGGCCUUGACUUGCAUGUUCACACUGUUUUGAAAGGGUUACAUAUUACUGAUCGUAGACUCGACUCCUUGAGAAAUGACACAAAAAGUGAUGCAAACAUGCAAAUCUUGAAACAGACAAUAAUAAAUGGUUGGCCUGAUUCCCGCGCUGACUGUGACCCAGCUAUUGUAGAAUUCUGGAACCACAGGGAUGAGCUAUCAUCAGCUGAUGACCUUAUCUUUAGAGGCCAGACUAUUGUUAUACCUGUCUGUGCAAGACAACACCUUGUAGAUUCAGUACAUCGAGGUCACAUGGGUGUGGAAAAAUCCAUACUAAGGGCCAAAGAUGUAAUGUUUUGGCCUGGCAUGUCAAAACAAAUCACUGAUUAUGUUUUGCGAUGUGCAGUCUGUCAAAAGCACAGAUACACAAAUACAAAAGAAUCCCUAACACCUCAUGAGUUACCGAAUAGACCAUGA